AUGUUAUUAUCAAAAUAAAGCUAUGAUGAUUUUUAAUAAUACAACAUUCACAAAACAAUGAAACAAGAAGAGUUCUAAAUUAAGUAGAUGAAGUACGAAGUUAUGAAGACUUCACUCGAAGAACAAAGAUAAUUGUAAGAAGAUAUGAAAAGAAGGAAUUUAGAGCUCUAAUAAAAAGAAGAUAACGAUUAAAUUCAGAGAAUAUAAAUGAUGAAUAAAGAAUUAUCUGAUCAGUAAAAGCAAAAGAAACUUUAAACCUAAGAGUCCUUAUCUAAAAAAUAUUCGGAAAUUAUAGAUUAAAGGAAUUCUAUUAUAAAUUAAAAAGUAAAGACAAUAUCUAUUUUUGUAGAGAAAGGACGACUUAAACAUUGAGAAUUAACUCAUCGAUAAUGCAUAAAAAGCAUUGUAAGAAGAAAGAUAAAUCCAAUAUCAAAAAAAGCAAUUGUAAAAAUAAAUUUAUGAUGAAUAAAUGAAACUGAUAGAAGAAAAGAAACAGAGAGAGAGAAUGAAUAAAGUCUAAGAAAGAAUACUAUUCUAAGAUUAGGCAAUUAAAGAUUAAGAAAGAAUUAUUCAGCAAGAAGAGAAUUAUAAAAAAGUACUCGUUUCUCCUAUGAUUAGUUUUAUCAAAGAUUGGCUGAAAGAAGUGAGCAUUUGCAGGAUAUUUAUAGGAAAAAUGUUGAUGAUCCCAAGUCUUCGUUAGAUUAUAUUAUAAAUAGACAAAUCAAAGAAAAGAUGGAAAGAGAAUAAGAAGAACUGAAGACUAAAAGGUAAUACGAUAAGAAUCUUAAAGAUCAAUACUAAAAUACCUUAUCCUUAUAGUUAAAAGAAAAAGAAGAAAGGAGAAAAAAUCAAGAUAUAUUGACUGCUCAAAAUCAAUAAGAAAUUCGAAAGGCAGCUGAAAGCUUUAAUGAUGAACAACAGUAAGAAAGAAGAAAGAAGAGAGAGUUUUAAUCUUAGUAUUACGACUAAUUAGCAGGUCUAGUAUAAGUAAAUUAUAUUCUAUCAAUUUAGGGAAGUGGCUAAAAUCAACAAGAUAAAAUAAUUGAUAAUAUCAGCUUAUCGUAGUCGUAGGUUUAUAAUCCACUUACAAAUCCAAAUCCAAAUCAGAUUUAGAAUCCAUAUAUUUUAAGAUAAAUUGGACUCAAUAAAUCAAAUCAUAUCUAAUCACCUCAUUAAAGUUAAUCGAAACUGGCUUAAUUAGGCUAGAGCAGUCUUUUCAAAUGAGGUUUAUGUUUAG